AGAGGGGAGUGAGGGGGGGAGUCAGCUGACUACCCUGUGACUGUCAGGGAGCCCGGAAGAGGCAGCUGGCUGCCGGUGGGGUUACUGCUGCUCCUGGUCUAGACCCCCCUACACCGUCAUGUUUGCGCCAGAUGAGGAAGAUGCUGACUUUUUGUCCCCUACUGGAGGGGCGAAGCUGGCCUCUCUGUUUGGGAUUGACCAGAGCGUCUCUGCGCAGGGGAACGAGUCCUUCCAGUACACUGCGCCAAAGCAGCCGAAGAAGGGCGCGGUGCCAGCGGGUACAAAACCCCCCAAAGCGCCCGGAGCCGGCGCUGCGCCAUCCGUCCUCUACGCUACAGCGGUCCACGCCUAUAAAUAUGUGACUGGACAGUACGUGAAGCAGGGCAAGUUUGGGGCAGCAGUUCUGGGUAAUCACACUACUAAGGAGUACAGAAUCCUGCUCUACAUCAGCCAGCAGCAGCCGGUCACCACAGUCAGGAUACAUCCGGGAUUUGUCUUCACAGUCCAGCUGAAUAACUAUGCGGCUUUCUAUGAUGACCAGAGGCAGAGUUGGUCUAUUAUGUUCGAGUCUGAGACGAGCGCCGUGGAAUUCAGUAAACAGGUCUGCCUCGCCAAGUCUAACAGCGCCAUGUCCAUAGAGGCCGUGGUCUCCCAGGAUCUUCUCCCCGGAGACGGACAAGCAGCAGAAGUAGGAGACUUAAUGGAAGUGGCCUACACGGGCUGGUUACUCCAGAACCACGGAAUCGGACAGAUGUUCGACUCCAACGUUCAGAAGGACAAAUUGCUGCGUCUGAAGCUCGGCUCCGGAAAAGUGAUCAAGGCCUGGGAGGAUGGCAUGCUAGGGAUGAAGAAAGGGGGCAAACGGCUUCUGGUGAUCCCUCCCGCACUCGGAUAUGGCUCUCAGGGCCUGACCGGCAGAAUUCCCGCCAACGCCACCCUGGUCUUCGAGGUGGAAGUGAAGCGGAUGAAGCAGAAGGAGCAGGGAGGUGACCGGCAGAGCGUCGGUUCCCGCGAUUCCCCAGUGUCCAUUACAGACAGUAUUACUGCUGAGAGUCUUCCCCAGCCGCCGACAUCGGUGCCGCCAAAACCCGGGGAUCCAGAUGUUCGUGCCAAGUCCAACUCCAUCAGUGAGCAGCUGGCAAAUCCAGACCUGGCGAAGGCCAAGCUCAUCUCCCGUAUGGCAAGAAUGGGGCAGCCCAUGUUACCCUUCCUGGCAGGAAGUUCCCCCCCGCAGCCAGACUCCAGUGACUCAGAAAUGGAGGACCCCCACACUCAGAGAAUUUCGCCACAUCCCGCAGCGCCGCUCCCUUUCCGGCCGACCCCACAGAUGAGCUACCCUCCUCAUAUAGCAGCUCCAGCCCCUCAGCAUCAGCCAGUGCCGGGUCUCCCCGCCUCAUCUGCCGCCUUGUUACCCAUGGGGCACCUUCCUUCUCAGGCCGCUCCCGGCUUCCAGCCAUAUACCGGAAUCCAGUAUACGUACCAGCAUAACCCUGCAUCCCAGCUGCAGCCGGUGGGCCCCGUCUACCCUGCACCCGUUCAGCAGCCUGCUACUUACCAAGGCGAUGUCACUUCUUUCCUGAUGACGGAGGCGCGGCAGCAGAGCACCGAGAUCCGAAUGGCCAUCGGCAAAGUCAUUGAUAAAAUAGACAACCUGGCCUCUAGGGUGGACAAUAUACAUAAGGAAAAUUCAGCUGGAGCCUCACACCUGCUGCCCGGAAUAUCCUCCAUCACCAUGGAAAGCGCCAUGAUCAUGAAUAAUAUCCAACGUAUCAUCCAGGAAAAUGAACGUUUGAAGCAGGAAGUUCUGGAGAAGAGCAGCCGGAUAGAGGAGCAAAACGUGAAGAUCGGGGAACUUAUAAACCGCAACCAGAGGUACGUUGAACAGAGUAAUAUGUUAAUGGAACAAAGGAACGACUCUCUGAAUACUUCAACUGAGAGCACACAAGCUAAGAUGCUCCAUGCCAUGCAGGAAAAGGUGAAAGUAGCAGAAGAUCUCGCCUCCGCCACCGGCCAGCUAUCCCGGCUCCAGCUGGAGGUUGCAGCAUACCAGAAGAAGGAGAUGGAUCUGCGGACGCAGCUCGCCGCCUCCUUGCAAGAAGCCGAGAAGUGUCGCGUGGAGCUCAGCUCAUUGCAGGCGCAGCUGAUAGAGAUGAAAGAGACGUCGGAGCAGACCAAAAACCGAGCCAAGACUGAGAAGGACAGCCGCCGGAGCCUGGAGCUGAGGCUGACCGCCUUAGAAGAAGAGAUCUCAGACUUGAAGAUAGAAAGGGACAACCUUGAGAAGAGCCUGUCGGAGAGAAAGAAGAAGUCUCAGCAGGAGCGGCAGCGGGCGGACGAGGAACAGGAGGAGCUGCGACGAACCUUCCAAGAAGAGAUCGAGAACCUGAGGAGGCAGCUGAAGAAAAGCCGCGAGCAGGCAACUGCUGAACAGCUGUCGUCCUCAUCCUCCCGGGAGCUCGAGGAGCAGGUGAUGGAGCUGCAGGACCAGGUCGCCCAGUUACAGCCCCUGAGAGACAAGUGCGCCCAGUUGCAGAAUCGGAUAACCUCCCUGAACGAGCAGCUCGGAGAGGUCCGCGCACGAGAAGGCGAUCUGCUGGCUGCGAAACGGCGAGCGGAGGAGAAAUUAUCCCGGCUACAGGAGGGCGCGGCGCAGCUGGAGCCUCUGAGACUGCAGUGCUCACAGCUCCAGGCUCAGGUCGCCUCGUUAACGCAGCAGCUUGGAGACGCCCACGUGCUUAAAGAUGAAGGGCGUCCGAUCGGCGAUCCUGCCGAGGAGGUGAAGAAGAUCAUGAACGGAGUCUUUCAGUCCCUCAGAAAGGAGUUUGACUUGGAGGAAUCGUACAGCGGCCGGGCGGUGCUGGGGACCAUCAUGAGCACCAUAAAGGCGACCACGCUGCAAUUGCUCAAAAAAAAAACUCAGGAUGAGCAACCUGCAGGAAGCAGCAGUGAAGAAGAAGAGGAGGAGGAGGAGGAUGGUGAGGAGGAGGAGGAUGAAGGCGCUGCACACCCUGAGCCACAUGUUCCGACUGGACAGACUGAGGAGCCUUCUAAGACUGGACAGACUGAGGAGCCUUCUAAGACUGGACAGACUGAGGAGCCUUCUAAGACUGGACAGACUGAGGAGCCUUCUAAGACUGGACAGACUGAGGAGCCUUCUAAGACUGGACAGACUGAGGAGCCUUCUAAGACUGGACAGACUGAGGAGCCUUCUAAGACUGGACAGACUGAGGAGCCUUCUAAGACUGGACAGACUGAGGAGCCUUCUAAGACUGGACAGACUGAGGAGCCUUCUAAGACUGGACAGACUGAGGAGCCUUCUAAGAGUAAAGAAGAGGUCAAUGGGUACCCAAACCAAGAAGCCUCCACAGCGGUGGAGGAGCACCAGGAAGAAGAGGUGGUGAAGGUGAUCGAGGAGGACCUGGACACCCCGUCGGCUCUCGUACACAUGGUCUCCAGUGAUCUGCCAGAGUCCAGUAUUGUGACCCAUGUGGAGGAGGUAAUCGGAGAAUCUCGACAGUCCAGGAAAACUAUCGGUAAUGAUACUGGUGAGGACCUGAAGGAAGAAUCUGAAGAACCUAAAGCUGCCUUAUCUGAGAGCAAGGACUCGGAGGACUCGAAACUGGAAGAUCCACCUCCGCUUGGAAGUGAUGAGGAAAGUAGCAGCCCCCUGCCUCCAAAGGAAGAGCUCCCAGCCCUGCGCUCUAUGGGAAGCCCUGAGACAAAGGGGAAGGACUACGUCGGUGAGAAGACGCCUAAUGUCAGUCUGGCCGACUCUGAUGGAGAGGACUUGUUUGAAGCUGCGUCUCCUGCCACCAAAGAGAAACAGCAGGAAGAAGAAGAGGAGGAACUGAGCAUGAAGGGACGUCCUCCCCCGGCUCCUCUCUUUGGAGACGACGAUGAAGAAGACGACCUGGACUGGUUGGGGUAAUCUGUGAUCUCCAGGUCUUAAAGGUGAACCUCAUAAAUGAACUGCACAGCAACAUCCUAAGCACACGAGAGCGCCAGCCCCCGAAAACUGGAGGAACCAUGAACUGUCACAAAAGCCACGUCUGCCCCUGAGGUCAGCGCCAAGGGAUCCUCGUCUUAUUGUCUAUGUCCUGGUAUAAUGUGAUUGACUACAGACUGGUAUCUACACUUGAUGUAAUCCGACAUCAGUGCCUUCAGGUAGAGCACCCAGAAUGCACUGCAGGAAGGUACAUGUGACCCAGAAUGCACUGCAGGAAGGAGCUCGUGACCCAGAAUGCACUGCAGGAAGGAGCUCGUGACCCAGAAUGCACUGCAGGAAGGAGCUCGUGACCCAGAAUGCACUGCAGGAAAGGUACUCGUGACCCAGAAUGCACUGCAGGAAAGGUACACGUGACCCAGAAUGCACUGCAGGAAGGAGCUCGUGACCCAGAAUGCACUGCAGGAAGGAGCUCGUGACCCAGAAUGCACUGCAGGAAGGAGCUUGUGACCCAGAAUGCACUGCAGGAAGGAGCUCGUGACCCAGAAUGCACUGCAGGAAGGAGCUCGUGACCCAGAAUGCACUGCAGGAAAGGUACACGUGACCCAGAAUGCACUGCAGGAAAGGUACACGUGACCCAGAAUGCACUGCAGGAAAGGUACACGUGACCCAGAAUGCACUGCAGGAAAGGUACACGUGACCCAGAAUGCACUGCAGGAAAGGUACACGUGACCCAGAAUGCACUGCAGGAAAGGUGCUCGUGACCCAGAAUGCACUGCAGGAGUGAGUUUAUUACCCGGAAUGCUUUGCAGGAAGGUGCUCGUGACCCAUAAUCCAGUGCGGGAGGUAGUGCGGGUUCAGUUACCUCUGCAGGGUGCGAUGAGGCGCUCUGCAUCUCCGUGUCUUAUGUUACUAACCAGAUGCAGAUUCUGACGCCGCUCGUUCCCUUGUAUGUUUUUAUACUCUGUAGCACAUUGUACUUCAAUUAAACAAGUUCGGCAGUGUCGGA